AUGGUUGCUACUCGCCGCCAGCGCGCCGCCGAGCAGGCCGCAGACCUCGCCGUCGAGCUGAGCCCGCCGGCGAGCCCGAGCGGCACGAUGUCGCGGUCCUCGUCAAUGGAGAGCCUCACCAACUCCAUACGGAGGACGAAGAACCGCGUCAAGGAGACCGUAAGGAGAAAAAAGAAGCAGGUCAAGGACAAGGUAAAGCGCACGAAAAAACAAGUUAAGGAAAAAAUAAAGAAACAGAAAGCAAAAAUAGACAAGAUUUUGGAUCGUGACGCGUGGUGGACGUCCCUCGGAUACGACCCGGCCGUCAAAGCGAGGAGCGUGCGCUGGGUCCAGCGCGGCGUGUUCUGCGUCGUGGUUUCACUACUACUAGCGUCGCGGUCCUUCGCCCAACCUUCCGUGGACGUGCCUUUCUCGUCGUAUCGAUGCGUCGCCUCGGCUUUCUUACUACUUUGUGGUGGCUCAUCUUUAUUUACGGACACAUGGCGCAAUCCCCCACCGGAAAAAGGGUCGGACUCGCACGCCUGCGCGUCGACAUUGGGUCCGUACGCCUUCUUCACGAAGCAAGCUUUGACCAUACAGACGUCGCACCUCAUCGUGAGCUGCCUGGCGGAGUUUCGCGUGGCUUCGGGUAAACUGCUCGCGCUGACGCACUUCUUCGCGCCGUUUGCUGCUGUUGUGGCGGUCUCCCUGACGCUCUUGUACCUGAAGCUGAACUGGUUUGAAGAAACGUGGCGCCGCGAGGUCUUGGAGGCCACGAACGCGCGCGGCGUGCGCUUCACGGAGAUUACAUUGGUGAGCCACCUGCCGCCGUUGCCGGUGGCGAUCCUCGACUGCUUCCUCGCGAAGCGGCCGGGCGUCUUCCCGCUUUCUAUGAGAAACGUGAUGAAUGUGGCGUUGUUUGCGUCGUGCUAUUGUGCUUCCUACUGCCUGUUGACGCUGAUGAACUACAAGUUAGUAGGACGGUACCCGUACCCGUUCAUGCGCGCGUUGAAGCGCCCGUGGCACUGGCUCGCUUUUUUAAUGGGCCUGCUGGUCCUCGCGAACCUCGUGAUCCUGCCUUUACUUUUAUUCUGCUCGCGGCGAACCCGACGUAAGUUUAUCGCAUAUUGUGGCUCGUAGUCCUGGGUCGCCUCUCUUGUAGAUACCUCCCCAAAUCCAGCGAUUCCGUUUCGCUAGUGUCUUUAUGGCCGCUAGUUAUCUCGCUCAGAUUGGCAGAACCAGAACCACGCGCUGUGCUCGCCCUCACGGGCAUCGGAGACUGUGCACAAAGCGUGCAAAGCUGACAACAUAGCCCUGCAGACCAGAUCACCCUCACCAUGUCUACGCGUAUCCUGCUCGCAUCCCUAGCUGCUGUGGCCCAAGGGCUGGUCAGCCGGCGAGACCGAGUCGCCUCGCGCCCCUGGCGGCCUACAACAAGUGGACCGACAGCUACGAUACGAAUAAAUUAAAAGGCGCAGCGUCCAAGUUCGUCAACAAGGACGGCCGCCUCUACGCGCCGUGGCUCGAGCAACAGGUCGACGACGCGGCGACGGCGCGCAGUAGAUCGGAGCGAGAACAGCGUACCAAGCAGAAAUACGCAAAAGCUGCGGCCGACGGCCUGAUCGGGAUGUCGAUCGAAGGCGCGUCCGCCGAGCUGGGCGGCGGCGGCCUGCGCAUGAACGCGAAGGUCGUCGAGACGCCUGCUACCGCGGAGGAGCACGGCCACGUCCAGCUGAGCUGGAGCAACAAAGGCGGCAACAUCAGUAUCGAAAAGAAGCAGGGCGGCUCGUGGCGCUCGAUCGCGUCGCGCGCCAGUUCGCCCGUGAUCGACUCGGACGCCGCCGUCGGCGAGCAGCUCUACCGAGCGAAGAACGGCCGGGACGUCGUCGCGCAGAUCGGCAUCUUGAUCGAGUCAAAAGACCAGCAAAGCGGCUCGAUGAUGAUCCUCGGCGGCCUCGGCGCCGUCUUGCUCCUGGCCUUCGCGGUCAGGAUGAGUGAGGGGACGCGAUCGAGCGUCUGA